AUGUGGCGCCUGCUCAGAACAGCGGCAGUCUUUGUCCAGCAGGCCCUCCUCAGGCUGGCAAAGCGACGGCGCACACAGAAGCCGAGGAUUCGGAUCGUCUGCCUGUCGGAUACUCAUUCGCAAACUCUUGCGAUUCCGGACGGCGACAUCCUCAUCCACGCCGGUGAUCUUUCCCGCUCUGGCCACGCGGACGAGAUCCAACAAGCCAUCUCAUGGCUCUCCUCGCAGCCUCACAGGUACAAGAUCGUCAUUGCCGGCAAUGCAGACCUCUGUCUCGAUGGGGGCGCGACGGGCAUGUCACGAACAGAUGAUGCGAUGCGCAUCGACGGGGGCUUGGACUGGGGAGACGUACGAUACCUUGAACGCUCGACCACGACCCUCGCAUUCGAAGAUCACGGAGCUCGUCGCAUCUUGACCAUCUACGGCGACCCGAGCGUCCCGCGCUGCGGCCCUGACGGGCAGGAAGCGUUCCAAUACGACACGGACCAAGACUACUGGCGCGACUCGAUACCGCCUGGGACGGAUGUGCUCAUAACCCAUACACCGCCGAAGCACAUCCUUGACGAGUGGGACGGAGCAUCGGAGGGCUGUGCAUCACUGCUUCGGGAGGUCCAGCGGACGCGCCCGCUUCUACACGUGUUUGGGCACAUCCAUCCAGCAGCUGGCAUCAGAAGGGUGAUUUGGGAUCACACGCUCGCAGAUAGCCUCCCUAUGCUCUCGUCGGCCUUGACAGAGGGCAAAAACCUAUCUGUCCAGGCCGAGACUCACGGAUGGGUAGCACUCAUGAGAUUCUUGGUAGGCUCAGCUUACCAGGUUGCGUGCAGCUGGCUUGUCGGCGGUGUUGAGUCGGGGAUCUUUGUCAACGCUGCGUGCAUGUCUCCGGAUGGCAUGCAUCUGAAGAACCCACCGCAUGUGGUGUAUAUCUAG